AUGAGUAAAUGGGAAAAUGACACAACCGUCCUUGGUCCUCAUCUACUGCUAAUAGAGUCUGAAUGUUGUGAGAAGGGGCAGCCGGUCAGCUUGGGGGAAGAAGAUGAGGCCCUCAAAGGGUUUGACUGGAGAUCUGGGACAGACAGUGUCACCAAGGGGAUAUGGGUGUGGAGUAGCCCAUUCAUCCUGAAGAGGAACGGAGAGAAGAUGGCCGUGUUUGUUCUGGACACAGAGGGGUCACUGGACAUUGAGAGCGGUCAAGAGACCUGUAACAAGCUGUCUGCCCUGUCCAUGCUCCUCAGCUCCUACCUGAUCUUCAACAUAACCAAAAGCUUGAAAACAACGGAGCUGGAUUACCUCGAGAUGUAUCUCCACGUUUCGGAGCUGACUGGGGAAUCUUUUUCUCUACAAUAUCUACAGCACUUGAAUAUUCUGGUUCGUGACUGGCAGGGCGAGAACUGUGGACGAGAAGCUGCUAAGUCCUACAUAGAGCAUGAGACUAAGAAAUUACAGAAGAGUCAGAAAAACCACCGUGUGCUGGAGACUCUGCGCAGUCCGUCCGUCAGCAGCUUCCUCCUGCCUAAUCCGGGGAAAACUUUCCUGAGAUCAAGUCAGGGGCGGCUUUCAGACAUGGAUGACGACUUCAGGGGUCACCUGACAACGUACGUCUCAGACCUCGUGGAAGGACUCUGGUUACACCGUAAAACUGACGUCCGCAGCGAGAGGAUCACGUGUGGCCAUUUGGGAGGAAUGCUGAAGGAUUUUGUCCGCACUUUGCAGAGAGAACACUUCAGCUGUGCAUCCCCAGUAGAGAUGUAUUAUUGGCUUGAAAACCAAAAAAAUAUAAAGACCACGGUAAAGAAAUUCAAGGAUUUUGUGGAAAUAGUGGCUCCAAUCAAUUCUUCAACAUUAAAGAUCUUGGAGGUCGGGACCUCUAAGAUAAGUGAGAAGGUCAAUGCGGAGGCGUCUCGUCUUCUGGAUGACUAUGAGCAGAGUCUGAAAGGCACCAACGUAGCAGUGAAGGCGGACUUCAAGGAGGAGAUGAAGGUGGUUCUGGACCAAGAAGUGAAAAAAUUCUCUGAUGAAUACUCCAAGCUCUUCACAAAGUGUGCGGUGGGGAUCGGGUGUGCCGUGGGUGGUGUGGUCCUCGGUGUGGCUGGAAGCAUUGCGGGGCCAUCGGAACUGGAAUCGGAGCUGUUGUAG